AUGUCUCAAGACUAUCGUCAGUUAGAUAGCAGUCUGAUCUGCAGAGUCAUCUUGCCGUUGAUUCAGUCCAACCCCUCUGUAAGCAUUCCAGUUUUGCAAGGUGCGGUCCAGGCAAGUUAUCACUUCAAACCAUCCUACAAAAAGGUGUGGAUGACCAAGCAGAAGACAAUUGCACAGAUAUACGGGUAUUGGGAAGAGUCGUACAAUAAGGUGUCGAAGCUGCUUCAGGCACUACAGAGCUGUUUUCCUGGUACCAUUUGUGACCUACGCGUCAAACCGUUCUACGAUGGACACCUCCUAGUACGCGACUGCAGUACGGUGAGUGUUGCUUAUUGCAGUGCACAAGAUGGGAAAAGCAACAUCCUGCCUAUUGCUUUUGCCACUGUGGAGUCCGAGAGCACUGAGUCAUGGCCGUUCUUUCUUACUAAUCUGAGACGCCACGUCCCCCCACAAGACAGCCUGUUGGUUAUCUCCGACAGAUCUCAGGCCAUCAAGGCUGCGCUAAGCUCCUAUGAUAGUGGUUGGUAUCCCCCAAGAGCCUUCCAUGCUUACUGCAUCAGACACAUGGCUGCGAAUUUUAUGACUCGGUUCAAGUCAGCUGAGGGCAAGAGAUACCUCAUUAAUGCUGCUUAUAGUCUAAGAAAGGCUGGGUACGAGUGGUACUUGGAUGCCUUGAGAGGAGUCUCCUCGUCGAUGGUGGACUGGGUGGGUUGUUUCAGGAAGGAGAUUCGACUACAACAUUGCGACAGCGGGCGGCGGUUUGGUCACAUGACCACAAAUCUGUCCGAGUGCAUCAAUGCAGUGUUGAAGGGGACCCGAUAUUUGCUGAUUUCUGCCAUUGUGCGGAUCACGUAUGAAAGAUUGCAGAAGUUGUUUGUGACGAAGAGCAGAGAGGCGCAAUCACAACUGGCUGCUGGAUGUCGAUUCUCACAAAGACUCUUGGCUGCCAUUGAGAAGAACAGAUAA